AGAAUUCACCCAUUCAUUUAAGAAAUAUUUAUUUUCUACUAUGUGUCAUGCAUUAUUCUAGUAAUCUAGGUGCUGAGAAAAUAUUAUUGAACAUAAAAAUCCCUGACCUUGUGGAGCUUACAUUCUAAUGAAGGUAAGACAGACAUUAAGAAAGAAAAAUAGUAAAUAAUUAUGUUAGAAGGUGUAAGUGCCAUGAAGAAAACUGAAGCAAGGAAGGGAGGAUGCUGGGGUAGGGGCAACGUUCUAAAUGGGUCAGCAUAGGCAUAGUUGAAGUACAUUUGAGCAAAGAUGAGACAAAAGUGAGGGAUCUAGCCAUGUAGCUAUCUGGUGGAAAGAUUCUUCUAGAUAAAGAGAAUAGCCAGCACAAAGGCCCCAGGGCAAGCAGAUGUUAUGCUGAUACAGGAGCAUGGUAGCUGGAACAAAGUUCUUAGAAAUGAGGUCACACAGGUGAAUGUAAGGUGGGACUUGGGAGGUUAGCUAGAAUAAAGUUUUUUAGGUCACAGAAAGGAUUCUGGCUGAGAAAACUGGGGGCCAAUGAUUUGGCUUCCUUCUAGAUCUACAAACUUCUAAAUGUUAAAAGUAUAUCCAUGUCAUAUGACAGGUUGGUACAAACCUCAAGUUGUGUCUACACUUAAUUUACCACCCUUAAAAUAACUGAAAAUGCCUUGCUUCUGAAAUGGGGAAAAUAUGUAAAGAAAAUUAAAUACUCAGGCCAGACAUCUAAAUUUACAGUUUUAAUUCACUAGCUGGUAUCGUAAAUAUUAAUGAGAUGCCUUCUCUGUUUUCUUAUUUACAGGUUGGAACAGUAUCUUUUUCCAGGUUCCUUGUUGUCUCUAGUAUCUCUUAGUUUCCUUUAAUAUCUUAGUCCAGAUAGUAUUUCCAAUCUUAUUUCCUAUUCGUUGCUUAAUCUGUUAAUACCAGUAACACAUCUUACUGUGUUGCAGAGGUCAGAAUUUUGCUGGGCCAGCAAUAUGGAAAUUACGUAUCAGACGUAGAUUAAGACAACAAAAACUACUUUGCCUUAAUUAGCUGAACUGAGUAAAAUUAGGAUUUUUCUUGAAUUUCUGCUGUACUUCCUAAAUGAAUCAUUUUGUUUCCUUGGUGAGGACACAUAGAGACAACGCAAGAUUUGUAAUGCCUUUACUUACUGUUUUGAGAAUUAAAGAGUAAUGUUAUUAAGUAAACUUCACUUUACACAAUAGAACUAUUGUUAAGGAAGCAGGGUAAGGAGUGGUAGAGACUCCGACAAAAGAGAAGGAAUUACUGGCCUUAAGUUUUCCAAAAUGCCUUUGUACCCGUGGUAAAAAAAAAAAAAAGGUGGAUGGGUUCUGCAUGUCAAAUUUGAAAAUUUACUUUUCCGUUUCCUUGGAAACUGGUUUGUAACAUACAACAGGGCAAUACUUUGACAGCAGCUUCGGGUAAACUACUUCCAUUACAAUUCAGGUAGAACUGCCUGCCUCCAACUCCACACACUGUAGCCCAUCUAGUGGUUCGGAAUGGUGUCAGUCUCAGGAGCUUCUAUGCACACUACAUUCCAGAGUUCAGUCUCAAGUUGGGGUUAUUUUCAAUGACACCUGCUGAAAUUUGCUGAUACACAAACACAUCGUAUCAAGAAGCCAAAAAAGCUGUAGAGACGGCAGUCAAAGAGCAAAAGUGGUUCUAAUUCUUUCAGAGGUCUCUUACUAGAAGCAAAACUAAGCCCUCAUUGUUAUGUAGCUGCUGGCCCAUCACCUAAUCAGCGACAGCCCUGACUGCUAGGAUCACGGUACAGCUGAUAUGCCUGUAUCACUUGUACAACCUGUCGCGCACCCCAGUAGAGAACUCGCUGAGGACUGGUAAAGACAAAGGAAAGUUUCUGUCAAAGUUUAGCGAGAGAGGGACUGCGCGGGGAGCAGUUUCAGAUCAUAUUUAAGCUCUAGACAGCGAAGAAGCCAAACCUCCCGUGUGCUCUUCGGUCGCCGCAGGACCAGGGAAAUGCGAGAGGGAGGUUUUUCUACAGGACAUCUGCCGCCUUGUCCCCGAGACGCGCCAGGUCUGCAGCGCCAUCAGUCGAAAACGCGGCCUCCGUCGGUCUCGCUCCACCCCUGGGCAGACCGACCCCGGCGUGCGGGGGAGCACGAGCGGCCGCCGCGGGCGGGCGCGCCGGCUCCCGGGCCGGCCCUGCGCUGGGGCCUCUCUCCCCUCCCUGCGACCCCAAGCUGGCCCCAGCGCGCAGCUCCCGGGCCCUCGCCGCCGACGCCCAAAGGGCCGCCGGGCGCCUGCCUCCGCUGCCCCGCGCGCCGGCGCUAUGGAGACGGUCACGAGACGCCGGCGGCUGCUGCGCCCGCCAAUGGGAGCGCACGUCGCGGGGAGACGCGGACGUCGCUCUUCCAAGAUGGCGGCGCGUCCGUCGCGAGCAGCUGGGCCAGGGGGAAGCCAGCGAAGCCGAGUAAAGCCGCCGCCCGGGAGAGGACUGAAGGAGCUGUUGCCGCCUUUGGCGGCGGCUCGGGCAGUUUUCGCUGCUGCUACGGCUGUUGCCAUGCGGCGAGGCUAGGGAGGAGCUCACUUCCCCGGGCUAUAAUAAUGUUAACAGAGACCAGUCUAUCCAUAUGGGGAUGGGGAAGCCUUGGCAUUGUCCUUUCUCUAAUAACCUUUGGACCCUUUGUAAUAUUUUAUUUGGCAUUUUAUAUCCUCUGCUUUGUGGGUGGAGGUUUUGUGGUUACUCUCUUGUUUGGAAAAACAAACUCAGAGAAGUACCUAGAGCAGUGUGAACACUCAUUUCUUCCUCCAACAUCAACUGGGAUUCCUAAGUGCUUAGAAGAAAUGAAACGGGAAGCCAGGACUAUAAAGAUUGAUAGAAGAUUGACGGGUGCCAAUAUUAUUGAUGAACCUCUCCAACAAGUUAUCCAGUUUUCUUUGAGGGAUUAUGUCCAGUAUUGGUAUUAUACACUAAGUGAUGAUGAAUCUUUUCUUCUUGAAAUUAGGCAGACUCUUCAAAAUGCACUUGUUCAGUUUGCUACUAGGUCGAAAGAAAUAGACUGGCAACCUUAUUUUACUACACGCAUUGUAGAUGAUUUUGGCACACACCUGCGAGUAUUCAGAAAGGCUCAACAGAAGAUAACAGAGAAAGAUGAUCAAGUAAAAGGUUCAGCAGAAGAUCUUGUAGACACCUUCUUUGAAGUUGAAGUUGAAAUGGAGAAGAACGUUUGCCGUGAUCUAGUGUGCACUUCUCCCAAAGAUGAAGAAGGAUUCCUGAGGGAUUUGUGUGAGGUCUUAUUAUAUUUAUUGCUACCUCCUGGAGAUUUCCAGAACAAGAUCAUGCGAUACUUUGUCAGGGAAAUCCUUGCACGAGGAGUUCUUCUUCCAUUAAUAAAUCAACUCAGUGAUCCUGAUUAUAUUAAUCAAUAUAUCAUAUGGAUGAUCCGUGAUUCUAAUUGCAACUAUGAGGCCUUUAUGAACAUUAUUAAAUUGAGUGACAAUAUUGGAGAGCUAGAAGCAGUCAGAGAUAAGGCAGCAGAAGAAUUACAGUAUCUUCGAUCUCUAGAUACAGCUGGUGAUGAUAUCAACACUAUCAAAAACCAAAUAAAUAGCUUAUUAUUUGUAAAGAAAGUAUGUGACUCAAGAAUACAGCGGUUGCAGUCAGGCAAGGAAAUAAAUACUGUGAAACUGGCAGCAAACUUUGGGAAACUUUGCACAGUCCCCCUGGACAGCAUUCUUGUAGACAAUGUUGCACUACAAUUUUUUAUGGAUUACAUGCAGCAAACUGGAGGUCAGGCACAUCUCUUCUUCUGGAUGACAGUGGAAGGAUACCGGGUUACAGCCCAGCAGCAGCUAGAAGUUUUAUUAAGUCGUCAGAAGGAUGGGAAACAUCAAACCAACCAAACCAAAGGUCUUUUAAGAGCAGCUGCUGUUGGAAUUUAUGAACAGUAUUUAUCAGAAAAGGCAUCUCCAAGAGUUACUGUUGAUGAUUAUUUGGUAGCAAAAUUAGCAGAUACUUUGAAUCAUGAAGAUCCAACCCCUGAAAUCUUUGAUGACAUUCAAAGGAAGGUAUAUGAAUUGAUGCUACGAGAUGAAAGAUUUUAUCCUUCCUUCAGACAGAAUGCACUUUAUGUGCGCAUGUUAGCUGAGCUGGACAUGUUAAAAGAUCCUAGUUUCAGAGGAUCAGAUGAUGGUGAUGGAGAAUCUUUUAAUGGUUCUCCUACAGGAAGCAUAAAUUUGUCUUUAGAUGACCUUUCAAGUGUAUCUUCUGAUGACUUGGUACAACUUCAUGCUUACAUUUCAGAUACUGUAUAUGCUGACUAUGACCCAUAUGCCGUGGCAGGCGUUUGUAAUGAUCAUGGCAAGACAUAUGCACUAUAUGCCAUCACUGUACACCGGCGCAAUCUAAACAGUGAGGAGAUGUGGAAAACCUAUCGUCGUUAUAGUGACUUCCAUGACUUCCACAUGAGAAUCACUGAACAGUUUGAAAAUCUGUCAAGCAUAUUGAAGCUUCCUGGUAAAAAGACUUUUAAUAAUAUGGAUAGAGAUUUUUUAGAAAAGAGAAAAAAGGAUCUAAAUGCAUAUUUGCAAUUACUGUUAACUCCUGAAAUGAUGAAAGCAUCCCCAGCUUUGGCUCACUAUGUGUAUGAUUUCCUUGAAAACAAAGCCUACAGUAAAGGGAAAGGGGAUUUUGCUCGCAAGAUGGACACUUUUGUAAAUCCACUUCGAAAUUCUAUGAGGAAUGUUUCAAAUGCAGUUAAAUCCCUUCCUGAUAGCUUGGCAGAGGGAAUGACUAAAAUGUCAGACAACAUGGGCAAAAUGUCAGAAAGAUUAGGUCAAGACAUAAAGCAAUCAUUUUUCAAGGUGCCUCCUUUAAUUCCAAAGACUGAUUCAGAUCCUGAACAUUGUCGUGUCUCAGCUCAACUUGAUGAUACUGUGGAUGACAAUAUUCCACUUAGGGUGAUGCUGCUUCUCAUGGAUGAAGUAUUCGACUUAAAAGAGAGAAAUCAGUGGUUGCGAAGGAAUAUCAAAAACCUACUUCAACAGCUUAUUAGAGCCACAUAUGGUGAUACUAUUAAUAGAAAAAUAGUUGACCAUGUUGAUUGGAUGACCUCACCUGAGCAAGUAGCAGACUUAGUGAAACGUUUCAGAGAUGCCUUUUGGCCUAAUGGCAUUUUAGCAGAGACUGUUCCGUGCAGAGAUAAAGCCAUUCGAAUGAGAACAAGAGUUGCAGGAAAAACUAAAUUACUUUCAAUUAUGCCAGAUGAACUGAAGCACAUUAUCGGGGCUGAGACAACGCGGAAAGGUAUUCUUCGGGUUUUUGAAAUGUUUCAGCACAACCAGUUAAAUAGGAGAAUGGUUUAUGUCUUCUUGGAAGGCUUUUUGGAAACCUUAUUUCCACAGUAUAAAUUCCGUGAACUUUUCAACAAACUGCAUUCACGGUCAAAGCAGAUGCAGAAAUAUAAACAGAAACUUCAGACUACUCAAGCGCCUUCUUUACAGAAAAGGUGACACUCCAAUCUAUGAAGCUGGUGUUCAUUUUGUCCAGGACUAAUGGUAUGGACAGAUCUUCCGGGGCUUAACUCAUAUACUGUUGUGUCUGCACCAGUCUUUUAGUGUCUCAAAAUAGGUUAUUAAUACAUCCAUAAGACUGUGGUUCUUCUCAUCCUUGUCUAUAAUCCAGCCACUACCAAGAGAGAUUUCCGUGUCUCACAUGAUUUGGUGCAUAUUUUUGCAACAUUGAGAGGAUACUGUCCCCAUCUCAAGCAGGAAUGACAUUGGUCUCUUCCUUUUCAAACUAAUCAGCAUUCUCCAGCAAUGACAAAGUGCCAGUGUGUAUAUAUGAGAGCUAAGGAAAGCACAAAACAAUGGUUAACAGAUAAAUUGGUUAAUUUGUUUAAUAGUGGGAGACUGUGCAAUGUGUGAUUUGGAGGGAUUUGUUUUGCAUAAUGAUUUUAUAGGUCUUUGUUGGAAUUUUGACAUAGUGUGGAUUAGCCAGGUGAAUGAUCUUUGGAACCUCUGUUUCAGGUCUGGGGAAAAUGACAGAAUGCCCUUAAAGUAUGACAUAACCUCAUACCCAAAUUACAGUUUUGUGACAUAAAAUAAAAUCUAGUAUAAAAUAAAACCAAUCAAAAACAGAAUUUGAUUGGAUUUGUUAUUCAUUGGUAAAACACAUUUUAACUGAUUCUUAUGUGCUUUAAGAGCUCUAUUUUGCUCUUAUGGUACUCAAUCAUAAGUUUUCUUUUGGCAUUCUGUGUGCAAAAAGAAGCAUAUGAUGGCUCUCAUUUAAGUUUCAAAAUUAUUACAGUUUUCUUUGUCUUUAAGAGAUUAUUGAUUAAACAGUAGGGGGUAUAAUUUGUUGAAAGAACUGCCAAAUACAUUUUGUCCUUCUAAAACUAUGGAAAUUUAAAAAAACAGUACUCUCUUGAAAGUUACCAUAUGAUAAUUUUAAAUUGUGUGAUCUAGACAUACCUUAGGUGAUAACAAAAAUAGCAAAUCAGAGAAUCAAAUGAGCUUACUAGUCAUAUAUAAACAUACAAAUUCUUAAUUCUAUUACAGUGUACAUAUAUGAACAUAAAUAAUGAAAACAACUAAUAUUUUUUAAAAUAUGCUUUUAUUUAUAUUUUGCAUAAUGUAAAAUUCUACUAAAUAAAGCAAGUUAGCAAAACCCCUCAGUGUAUACGUUUAAGUCCCUAAAAUAGUUUUAUACCAACAACAACAAAAUACCUUUUCCAGUUUUAGAGCCUCUGCAUUUCCUAUAGUUUUCUCAUUCUCCAUUUGUCCAUCUUGGAAGUCUCAUAUAACUGGUAUGCAGGAUUUCUACGUAGUUUUUAAAUACUUCCACUGACUAAGGGUUUGGGUGUGUCGGCAUUUUUUGUUUUAAAAAUAUUUAACACUAAAACUUUAAAAUAGUGAAGCUAUUUAUCAGACCACUGAGCCAAGAUCCUGGUAUUAAAAGAACGUCCGGGUGCUUAAGAUAAAGGGGCAGCGUAUUGGUAUCCCAGUUAUUUGGGAGCUUUAAGAUUGGAACAAGAUAGUAUUGUCUUGUUUUUACCAAGAUCCUUAUUGCAAAGUGAAGCCUAAUAACAGACUAAAGCCUUCCUUUAAAGCUUUAUAAUAAUCAUAUUUAUUCAUAAUGCUGUUGUGCAUACUUUCAGUAUGCAUAUAUUCAGCAUGUGUUGCAUGUCUUCAGAAUUACAUAAAUUUCUUUUAUUGCAACUUGCAAACGAGAAAAGAUCUUUAUUGAUUCUGAUGGAAGAAAUAAUAAUUUUUCUCAGUGUGUCUCCCUGCCCUGGUUCCUCCCCAGGCCCCAGGCUUUAAAAGUGAGGAUAUGUGAAACAUGUCUGUAGGAAGCAUCAGCACAGCCAUAGUGCAAUGAUUUUCAAAUAUACCCCUGCCCAUUUCAAGUAUAUUUUUGACAUAAAUAAAUCUAAGGUUAACAGAAUUCAUGUGAGAACCUAGUGUGUACAUGUAUAAAAGCAUUUCUAGAUAAUGUGAGGAAGGCUGACCAUCAACCAGGGAAAGAAAGGUCAUGCAAGAUAGCAAAUUUUCAUUAUUGCAAGCUAAUUGCAGUCAUACCAAAAACUCUUUGAGUAAAUAGGUUUUUAAAAUAAUUUUUGUUUAAGAGAGUUUAUAUUUCAAAAGCAGAAAUGGUAGUCUAUGUAAACGGUUGUGCAUCUUCUCUGUGCACAUCUCUGUUUUACAUCAGAGAGAACUGUGGUCAUGCUAAAAUUAGAGAUACUUUUUGAAUGACUUGGUCAAGCUGUGUGUAAAAUAUUUAACCCAUAAGUCAAGUACAGUGUACUAUGUUUAAUAAAGUUAUUACAUUUAAUGCAUUUACUGCAUAUAUAAAUAUAUACAUGAAGAGGCUUUAUGUCUUCUGAUAUUUGAUUUUUGAAUGUGUUUUUAAGUCAGUGGUGCCUUUAGGCAAGAACCUUCAAAAUUAAUCAUUUUUUGUUUGGGUUUUCUGAUUUUUCAGGCAACAUACAAACUUUAGAAACCAUUACUACUAACUUAUAGUUCAUUCACCUAAAAAAUUGAUUGUAUUAUUUAAAGAUAGCCCUUAGAUGGGCAUUUCCUAUUAUUAGGGUGUUCUGAAUAGUUGCUGAAAACAAUUGUGCCAUUGAUGAAUGGAUGCACUUGGUUAGCCUUAAUUUUUUUUUAAAAAAAAAAUUAAAAACUUUCUUGAAGUUUUGGUUUGCUCCUUUUAAGUUUGUGCUGCUGGUGUUUGGAAAAAAACAGUUAAGUGCUACCAGAAAGUGUACCAAUUUUUUAAAAAUUAAGAACAAUAUAAAUUUCACAAUCUAAAAUUUUAAUUUUGUGCAAUAUUUUCAUUUAUGCAUGUGUAUUUGAGUAAUUGUAAAAUAAAUGAAUUUUUAAUGUUU